AAUGGAAACGGGUGCCCGAGCCGCCAAACAGCUGCUUCCGGCGGACCUUGGGCACCUCGGCAACGACGGGCUACGGGUGCUGUAGGGCUACUUCCGGUUUCGUCGGUCCAAGCGGAGCGCUUUCCCGAGGUUGCCUUUAACCCCGGAAGUGAGGUCUCCCUGCUUCCUCUCUCCCGCAAGAUGGCAGCCGCCGAAGAAGAAGAGUUACUGCCGCCGCGCCUCCCUGAGCUGUUCGAUACCUCCCAGCGGCUUCUGGACGAAGUGGAAGUGGCGACGGAACCCACCGGUGCCCGGGUAGUGCAAGAGAAGGUGUUGAAAGGACUACACCUCCUGAAGCAGUCGGCUGAGAUGUUAUUGCAGCUUGACUUGUUCAGCCAUAAUGAAGACUUGGAAGAGAUUGCUUCCUCCGACCUGAAGUACCUGAUGGUGCCAGCACUUCAAGGAGCGCUCGCUCUGAAACAAGUCAACCCCAGCAAGCGGCUAGAUGAUUUGCAGUGGGCUCGAGAACACUUUUUAAUCUACUUAACUCAUUGCCAACACUAUCACGUGGCAGAGUUUGAGUUGCCUAAAACCAAGAACAACUCAGCUGAAAGUAACACAGCUAGUUCUUCCAUGGCCCAUCCUAACCUCGUUGCUAUGGCAUCUCAAAGACAGGCUAAAAUAGAGAGAUACAAGCAGAAGAAGGAGAUGGAGCACAGGCUGUCUGCCAUGAAAGCUGCCGUGGAGAGCGGGGAAGCAGAUGACGAGCAUGUUCGUGAGUAUUACCUCCUGCACCUGCGGAGGUGGAUCAGCAUCAGCUUAGAAGAGAUUGACAGCAUUGACCAGGAGAUCAAGAUCCUGAGGGAAAAAGACGUUCCCAAAGAGGCAUCAGCUUCUGGCUCCACUCCUCAGGCCAGGCCUCCAAUGAAACCCUUUAUUCUCACUCGGAAUGCCGCCCAAGCCAAGGUAUUUGGAGCUGGUUAUCCAAGUCUGGCAUCUAUGACAGUGAAUGACUGGUAUGAUCAGCAUCGGAAGGUGGGAGCUUUACCAGAUCAGGGAAUACCCAAGACAACCUCAGGAGCUGCUUCCACUAUCUGUUUAAUCAUUCUGGUGUUCACUAAGUUCUGGGCCCUGUCUGUGCUCACCUUAGCCUGGCUCGCCUAUGAUUGGAAAACCCACAGUCAAGGUGGUAGGCGUUCAGCUUGGGUACGAAAAUGGACCCUCUGGAAGUAUUUCCAAAAUUACUUCCCAAUAAAGCUGGUGAAGACUCAUGACCUCUCUCCCAAACACAACUAUAUCAUUGCCAACCACCCCCAUGGUAUUUUCUCUUUCGGGGUCUUCAUCAACUUUGCCACUGAGGCCACUGGCUUUGCUAAGAUUUUCCCAGGCAUCACUCCUUCUCUAGGGACCUUGGAAGGGAUCUUCUGGUGGCCAGUUGUGCGAGACUAUGUGAUGUCAAUGGGUGUGUGCCCCGUGAGCAAGUUGGCCUUGAAAUACUUGCUAACUGAGAGAGGCUCAGGUAAUGCCGUGGUUAUUGUGGUGGGCGGAGCUGCUGAAGCCCUCAUGAGCCAGCCGGCCAUUUCUACCAUCUACCUUAAACAACGUAAAGGUUUUGUGAAGCUGGCACUGAAAACGGGAGCAUACCUUGUCCCUUCCUAUUCCUUUGGAGAGAAUGAUGUUUACAAGCAAGAGACAUUCUCUGAGGGCACAUGGAUAAAUCUCCUCCAAAAAAUAUGCAAAAAAAUUGUGGGACUAAAUUUCUGUGUCUUCCAUGGCCGAGGCCUCACUCGAGAAUCCUGGGGCUUCCUGCCUUUCAAUCGGCCCAUUACCACUGUUGUCGGGGAGCCCCUGCCAAUCCCCAAGAUUAAGAAUCCAGAUAUGAAGACAGUAGACAAAUACCAUGCACUCUACAUCAGUGCCCUGCGCAAGUUGUUUGACCAGCACAAAGUUCAGUAUGGCCUUCCUGAGACCGAGAAUCUGACAAUCAUAUAACAGGAGCUGGGUUCCCUUAUUCUUAAACCCUGAAGCAUUGAAGGAUUCAAGUAAGGCCACAUGGAUAGAAGAAUUUUGGGAGAGGAAGGUGUGUAAUAGGAGGCCAACCAAGCUACGCAGUACUUAAUGAGUCAAGUUUGGGGGAAGAAACCAGAGGAACAUGGGAAGACUGGACAACAACCCAGUUGAGCAAGCAGUCUCGUGAGUUCACAGGUGUUUUUUGGCCCCCUGACUCCAGCUAAUUCUCAGAGCAGAGGAAUGAGAAACCAAAGAACACUGUGCCACUUCCUCCUGAUCCUCAAUGACACCAUCACCAUUUAGGUUUAGACUUAGAAGCCUUGUUGAGAACAGGUAUGGUCUGUUUCCUCCUAGACCAUUUCCCUACAAUUUGGGAACCACUACAAGAUAAACUGGGGAUCUGAACUGUGGUUUGCUGAUCCAAGCUCUCAGUUGUGACUCUUUCUGUACUGGCAAAAAAUUUUGCAUGCAGUUAUGCUGUUUGUUUUUAAAAAAUA